AUGGCGGCGUUGGUGUCCGUCUUGGUAGCUGGACUGGCCAUCUUCGGGGGAUACACUUACGCCCCGGCCGCCCAACGUGCCGUGACGCUCGUCGGUAUCGGACGAGCCAGCGUCAACACCUCCGUGCUGAACGGCGGCGACUUCGUCUUCAUCGACGACACGGUGUAUUGCGAGGAUCUGCAUCACCACACCCCGAGCGGGCUCCUCUUCACCGCCUGCGAUGACAACACAGAGACGCGGGUGGCGUGGUUCCCCGGCCUGGCCAACCUCGACGACCCCGUCAAGGGCAGCAAGCAAAAGGGCUCCUUUCACGUCAUCAACCCCAAGGAUCUGACCCAAAAACGACUCAGGUUCGAGAACUUUGACAGCACGUUCGUCACUCACGGCAUCGAUGUCAUCUCGGACCCCCAGAGGCCAGAGGCGGUCUACAUCUUUGCCGUCAACCACGUCCCUCACCCGGACUACCUGGCCACCAAGAUCGGAGGCCAGAGCGAGCAGAAAGUCGUCCAGAAGUCCCAGUCGCGCGUCGAGAUCUUCCACCACAUCCUGGGGGCGUCCACCGUCAGGCAUCUGCGCACCGUCAUCCACCCGCUGAUCAAGAAUCCCAACGACCUCUUUGCGGUGGACCCGUACUCGUUCUACGUCACGAACGACCACUACCACUCGGAAGGUAUCGGAAGAAUGGUCGAGGACCUGCUGCCCGUCACCUCUUGGACCACCACCGUCCACGUCCGCGUCGACGAGAUGUCCGCCCUUUUGCCUACUGACGGCCUCAAGGUAGAGGUGGCCCUGUCCGGGCUCCGCAACAACAACGGCCUGGGCCACGGUCGAAGGCCCCGGGAGAUCAUCGUCAACAACUGCGCUGGCGGAGAGAUCCACCUUGCCCAGCUCUCCCCGGACCCCAAGAACACCAGCAUCGACCUCUCGGAGACCAUCCAGGUGGACACGUACAUCGACAACCCGGCCUGGUUCGAGGACCCUUACAAGUCCGAGAUCCUCGACGCCAGCGGCUUCGUCCUCGCGGGCGUCUCGCGGCCCAUCGACAUCCUGACGCAGGCCGGCAAGGGGGAGCCCAAGAUCGGCUCCAUCGUGUGGUACGUCAAGCCGGCCGCGGGCGACGCUGGCGGCUAUGAGAAGCGCAUCUUGUUCGAGGACGACGGCACGAGGAUCAGCUCGGCUGCGACUGCCGUCCUUGUCGCCAUCGAUCCGAGUCAGGAGCAGGGCCAGAGGAAAGCGUGGCUCUUCAUCACGGGUUUCAUGUCGACCAGCGUUGUCGCCGUGAAGGUCGACCUGUAA